GUCUUCUUGUGGGAGCUGAGAGAGAGUGAGGGGGAGAGUGACGCUGAGCGGGGUUCAGAGGGUCGCGAUCGAGCAGCAGAGCGUAUUACUCAAGGAAGGCUUUAAGAUCGAAGAAGAUGAAUGGGUCUCUGGAUCACCCCGACCAGCCCGAUAUCGACUCCAUCAAGAUGUUUGUCGGUCAGAUUCCACGGUCUUGGUCAGAGAAGGAACUGAAGGAGCUCUUUGAGCAGCAUGGCGCUGUAUAUGAAAUCAAUGUGCUUCGAGACAGGAGUCAGAAUCCCCCUCAGAGUAAAGGCUGUUGCUUUGUAACAUUUUAUACACGUAAGGCAGCCCUGGAAGCACAAAAUGCUCUUCACAAUAUGAAGAUUCUGCCUGGGAUGCACCAUCCUAUACAGAUGAAACCAGCUGACAGUGAGAAGAAUAACGCGGUGGAGGACAGAAAGCUAUUUGUGGGGAUGAUUUCCAAAAAGUGCAAUGAGAAUGAUGUCCGUGUCAUGUUUUCACCGUUUGGACAGAUAGAAGAAUGUCGAAUAUUGCGAGGCCCAGACGGACUGAGUCGAGGCUGUGCGUUUAUAACGUUUGCCACCCGCUCCAUGGCCCAGAAUGCAAUCAAGACCAUGCACCAGUCGCAGACGAUGGAGAGGUGUGCAUGUGCUCAUGAAGUAGGCCCGGUCUGGUGUCAUGACUUUGACUGA